AGUAACAGUUCAAUUGUGAUACCGCAUUGUACUUUUCCCGGCCGGCGGGACGGUCGUCGCACGUAACCAGACAAUUGAGUGCAGUGGGUCGUGGUAAAAAGUUACGACAAAAAAAAAAAAAACUGACAAAAUUGGUGUUCGAAAAUGUGUGUUUUGUCUUCUUUUUUUCAAACAACAAAAUGAAAAUUUAACCACCAAUAUCGUUUUGUUAAAAAAAAGAAUAAUUGUGAACUAAGAAUCGAAGAAAAAAAAUUUGAAAAACAAAAAAAAAUGGUGUCCGAAAAUUGAGAGUGAGUUUAGUUUUAAACGCUUUAAUCUGCGAAUCUUUCAACAGAUUACCGACAAGAUAAUACGUACAUACAUACGUUUUGUUGAAUACUAAUUAUAUUAUUAAUCCUGACAUAAAUGAAAUUAAGUAUACAAUAACGAAUUGUAUGAUAAAUUAAAUAAUAAAAUAUUACCAACGAUAAAAUUUUAAAAUAAACUAAGUUUUCAAUCUGCUAAAAGCAGUUUAGUGUUGUUUUUUUUUGUCAAAACAACUUCAGCUUGUAUGUAAUUUUUAUAUCAAAUACUCGCUUAACACUUAACUUGUUCGGUACAAAAUAUAUUAUACUUAACAUAAAAAAAACAUACAACCACAUAUUUGUAAUAGCAUUAUUAAUACGUUUGAAAAAUGUGUUAGCUUAUAUGGCCUUCAAAAUAUUUUUGUAUAAAUUAAGAAAAUUGAUUGUGUUAGAGACUAGAUAAACACAAUUUUGCACCAAAAAUUAUGGACCGCGGCAAUGUGACUUUCUAAAGACAGUCAACGUUCAGCACUUACCAAGACAUUCGGAUUUAAAGUCCGUUGUUAUUGAAAUGUUCAAGAGGACAGCGGUUGAAUUUAUUAAGCGGAGCGUCCGAAGCGCUCGUGUAGCGGCUUCUGCUGCGGGCUCGGCCGCGUGGAGUGAGCACCGGACACACAACAUGUUGGCGAACAUCAAAGGUUUCUGGAAGGUGUGCCGAUAUGGUGACCUAUAUAUGGUGUUGGCGGCCCUUGCCGCGCAAUCUAUCAACAUAUCGGUGGGUUUCUGUCAGGGCUUCUCGGCGGUUCUGCUGCCCCAGUACUCGCUUGAGUAUCCGUCCAUAUCGUACGAACAGAGCUCAUGGAUUGCAAGUCUGGGUGUGAUCUCCAACCCCAUUGGAGCGCUGCUGGGCGGCAUGAUGGUGGACGCAGUGGGGCGGCGGCUGCUGUUGCAGUCGAUCGUGCUGCCGAACCUCAUAGGCUGGCUGGUCAUAGCCUUCUCAGAGACCUACGUCUUCCUCUGCAUAGGACGAUUCAUCACCGGAUUCACUAUCGGAAUGUCAACGGUAUCGUACAUCUACGUGGCUGAGAUCACGACUCCAGAAAAGAGAGGGGUUCUCAGCGCUUUAGGGCCCGGCCUGGUCUCCACCGGGAUAUUCAUCGUCUACUCCUUAGGAGCCUUCAUUCACUGGCGAAAAGUGGCCGCUAUUUGUGCGGGAGUGUCUCUACUGACUCCCUUCUUGAUGUACUUCGUUCCAGAGUCACCUCUGUGGCUCGCCUCUAAAGGACAAAUGAAAGAAGCUUACAACGCUAUGUUCUGGCUCCGUCAGAACAACAGCACGGCGCAACAAGAACUCAUGGAGUUCACCAAAGACCGCAAGGAACAGCAGAUGAACUUCAAACAGAAAUUAGCACUCUUCAAACGGAAAAACGUCCUCAAGCCCUUCGUAUUAUUAAUAGUUUUCUUCAUCUUCCAAGAAAUGUCAGGGAUUUACAUCAUAUUGUAUUACGCUGUGGAUUUCUUCAAGUCUGUAGGUACUAGCGUCAACGAGUUCACGGCUUCCAUCAUAGUGGGAGGUGUGAGAGUCUUCAUGGGAGCAGUCGGCGCUUGUCUUAUUAACAGCUUCAGAAGGAAGACCCUGGCAGCAGUAUCAGGACUGCUGCUGGGCAUCGCCAUGCUGGGGGCCGCGGUGUGCGACAGUCUCAAUGGACCUCCGCUAGUGAAGCUCGGCUGUGUGCUAUUACACGUUUCCUUCAGCAUGGUCGGCUUCCUCCAACUGCCCUGGAUCAUGUCCGGAGAACUGUACCCUCAGGAUAUCAGAGGAGUCAUGUCCGGGGCGACUUCGUGCUGCGCUUACGUCCUCAUUUUCUUCAACAUAAAAACGUAUCCUAAAUUGGAGAACUUACUCACGAGCAACGGGACUUUGUAUUUGUUCGGGUUCUGUGCAAUGAUAGGAGCGGCAUACUGCUUCCUGUUUCUGCCGGAGACUAAAGGGAAGACUCUCACGGAAAUCAUGAGGCAGUUCGACGAUGAUAACAAAAAUGAGAAAGAUCUUGAAGCCGGCUACAAGAGCGAUAAGGGAUGCAGUAUCGAGGGCAGGCCAGUGCAGAGGAGACACAGCGCUGGAGCCGCUGUUUCUUUAGAAAAGAGCGAAGACUUUAAGCUUUGGAAGCCAGAAGAGUCGAAUAAAACGGACACUCAUUGUGAUUGAGCUCUUUGCAUUUAUGGUCUCCUGGUAUUUGGACUUCGGUGAUAACUUAACGUUACGAGUUAUAUUUGAAUUUUUAUUACUUUUUCGAAAUUAUGGCGGACAUUCAUUGUGAUUGAGCUCUUUGCAUUUAUGGUCUCCUGGUACUCGGACUUCGGUGACAAUUUAACGUUACGAAGUUAUAUUUUGAAAUUAUUUUAACUUCUUCGAAAUUAUGGUCUCCUGAUAAUUUGAGAUUUUAUUGCAGCGAAUUAGAUGUUUUUUAUUAGUUUAAUUAAUAAGUUACCAAUGAAUUUAAAACAUUAAUUAUGUGUACUAGUUGUUGUUAUAUUUAUUAAGUAGUUUUUUUUUGUGUAAUUUUAAUUAUUAAUCGUGAAUUUUGUGAUCAGUAUUAUUAUAGGUUCAAAUAUUUUUAAUUGUAGAUUUAAACGAGAAAGUUUAAACAUUCCUAUUCAAAGUUUUAGUUAAUAAGGAGGUGAUGAUUUAAUUUAAUUAUUUUUAGGUACAAAAUAAAGUUGCUUGUGUACUUUUUAGAUGUUUACAUUUUAGGGAUUUGAUUGUUUUCGUGUAAUGUUUAAUUAUUUAAUAGGGUUCGGAAAAGCAGCGUGCAAUUCAAAUGUGAUUUAUAUACUGUAUGUUACCAUAACGUAUGUGUAAAUAUUAUAUUAGGUAUAAUGAAACAAUAAUAGUUAAUAUAUUUAAGGCUCUAUUAAUUAUUGUGUAUGGUGAUUCAACUGUGAUGACUGAAAUAAAUUUAGUGUUUCUUUAAA